UACAUCGAAUUUCGCUACAAGUUUAGAAAAAAAAUCAAUUUAUUUCCUGAUUUUCGGCUGAAAUAAUCCACCAAAAUGGGUCGCCGCUCGAUAAACACAACCAAGAGCGGUAAGUACAUGAACCCAACGGAUCAGGCCCGUAAGGAAGCUCGCAAGAAAGAGCUGAAGAAAAACAAAAAGCAGCGGCAGAUGGUCCGGGCCGCGGUCCUCAAAGGAAAAGAUCCAGCUCAGCUAAUCGAAGAAAUGGAGAAAAUCGACGAGAUGGAGUUCAAUGUCUAUCAACCGUCGCCGUUGAAUGAAAAGGUUCUGAAGGAAAAACGUAAGAAACUAAAGGAAACCCUUGACCGCGUAAUGCGGCUCUACCAGGCCGAUGAUCCGGACUUGUGGGCGGAUCUCAAAAGGAAAGAAGUUGAUUACGAAAAGCGCCGGAACAAGCGCAUUCAGUACUACGAAAGCGUACGCCAUGCAGAACAGGUUCAGGUGGACGAUAUUCCACUGCCCUCGAUGAAUGAAACACCUACUCCGCUAUCGAUCCCUAGAAUCCCAAUUCCGCCAAUGUCGAUACCGUCGAUCGUCCCAACAGUGAAACCUGCCCCAGCACCUAUAUUGAAAAAGCCAGUGGAAAACCCUAUAGAACCUUCGGAGCCAGUUGACGACGACGACGAUAUCCCCGGAUGUCCACCAGGUCCUGCUCCCGAUGUGUUUGCCAUGCCCGAACUAGAUUUUGAUCUGGAAGAAUUUCAUAGUGAAACUCAGAAAAGCGUUAAAUUCUUCGACGAUGCCGAUUCUCGUGAUAACUCGGACGAUUCGGACAUUGAAAAGCCCAAGCAGCCCAGUUCUGUUCAGCAAAAAAUGCUUGCUAUUUCCGGUCAAAAUCUGGAUGAAUUUAUGAAGGAGAUGGAAAACGUACAAAAGAAGAAAGAUCAACUGGAAGCGCCAGUCAGCGCGAUACCGAUUCCGCCAAAGGUACCAAUUGCUUUGCCCAAUCCUGCACCACACCCAUCGGAUACUACGGUCAAAUACGUCCCGAUGCCAUCGAUUCCGAUGCCUGGUCCUGCUCCAAUACAACCCGCCCUCAUGAUACGACCUCCGCCGCUUCGCCCAGGAAUUCCCGGCAUUCCAGGACUUCGAAUGCCUCCACGUCCCCCACCGGGCAUUCCACCGCGAUUGGGCAUUCGAAUGCCACCGGGUCCUCCCACUGGUCCACCGCCGAAGCACAUCCAGCAGCAGCACAUGCGAAACAUGAUGCAACAGCAGAAGGAUCCGAAGAGUGCUACCAUUUCAGCGAAGCCGCAAAUCCGAAACCUCAGUGCCGACGUCACCCGUUUCGUGCCAAGUGCUCUGCGAACCAAGAAGGAUGAAGGUAUCAAACGUCCCCAAGUGGGUGGCCGUUCCGACGUAGGACACCAUGCGCAACAACAUCAUUACCCUCAUCAUCCCCAUCAUCAUCAGCUGCACCACCAUCCGCAGCAGCACCAUUUCCAGCAACCUGGAAGAUCCGGUCCGGGGGCUCCUGACCAGAGAAAACCCAGCAAGGAUGAUGCCUACAUGCAGUUUAUGAGGGAGAUGGAGGGACUGCUUUAGGCGGGGAGGACGAUGCAUUUGAGUGUGUUAGAAGGUAAGGUUCAAUUCAACUACUUUGAACUCCCUAGUUAUUAGAC